UCCUCUCUGGGCAUCUCCGGAUGUCUACAGCAAGACUCUGCAAGACCAACUGACUCCCGCCCAUUCGCAGCUAUCGGUCCAAGGAGCGACACACGGAUAUGGAGCGCAAGAGGAGGCAGGAGCAGAAGACGAGGCUCCAGGAGCUGAGAGAUGUAAUCCCCAUUCUGUCGGUCGAGUCGGCAUCGAUGGCGUCUGUCCUGGUCGCAGCCAGAGACCAUAUCCUCGAGCUCACCAGCCAGGUCAAGGCGCUGGAGGAGCGAUGUCGGCAGCUGGAACAGCCUCAUCACUCGGCCGACGGAGCUGUCCAUAGUGCUGCUCCCUUCCAAAGCCCUCCACCAAAACGAAAGCGUCCGAUGGCGGUCAAGUUUUCGGAAUACCAAUACCGGCUGCCGGAGACUGCAGCCGGCCGGCAGUUGCUGCCGCCGCUCCAACCUGACCCGUUGACGCUUCUGGAUCCAGUGCCGACGAGCCUCUCGGCCCUGCUGGGUUCGCAUCCGACCACAACCGUCCACCUUCAGCCCCUCGGCCUGCCUACUCUGAACUCUCUCCCGGCACUUGCCGACUAUACCCAUUCCCUAGGGCCCCAUAUCGGUCCGGCGCUGUGGAGGCCGCCCGAGCUCGCCGACGCCCACACAGCCGCCGCCGAACUUGGAAACGCUGGUGCAGAGGAACCCAUCCUCGAUGCAGUGGACAUCCCUAUCGACGGCCAGCCCAGCGGCCCUGUAAGCAACCCGGCCGACGGCCCACUUUGCGUCCCCUCUGAUGGCUUUGGCAAUCAGGACGAACAAGCAACAUCGCUGUUGGUCGAUGCCCGCCAGGCAGGCAGCCCUCCAGCUUCCGAGCGGCCAAGUCUCAUCCCCAACGACGCAGCCAACUCCGAGGCAGAUCAGAGUCCCUUCAUCUCCGAAGGCCUGCUUCCCGAGCCAGCCGAUCCCGAACCACUGUUUUCCCGUCCAAACCUGCUCAAGAUAUCCUCCCUCAUUGAGCCCUCGCAGACGGAACCUCGACAUCCGAUGCUCAAGACCCGCGAGUCCAUAAUCGACAACGGCUUUGAGGCAGCAAGGCGUCUAUUCGUGAGCAGGAGCGACUCAUCCUGCUAUGUCUUGGAGUCGAUGCGAGAGGUGGCUUCUCGUGGGCUUCUCGCAGGCUCGCGAUCCUUCCAUCAAGCCUGUUCAUUUGUAUCCUCGGACGAUUCGUCGAUACUAUAGGCCAACGGGGACUACCAGCUGCAUGUCGGUGAUCCGUCAAUGUGCUGGCGCCGUGCUCUUUCCUCACUUGACCCUGAUGCAAGCAGGAACCCCUCGGUGGAGGGGGGGCGCCGGCGCUCCUGCUCAAAAGGCGCGAGAGUUACUGGGCGCUGCAAUCUGUUGGUCACGAUUGUCGGGCUCGAUGGCAAAAUGCCGCCAAAUACCCAAACGUGCACGGCCAUGGA